AUGCUUUCAUUCAUUGUUGUCAUAAAAUGGGAAUUUUCUCACGCUGAAGCCCAUAUUGUUAAUGAUCCCGUUAUAUCGGAACAAAUUGGGUCACAGUACCUUGACGGUCUUACAAGACUUACGCAUGUCUCUGGAUAUACUGGUGAUUAUAUUCGAUUCGAAGAAAUAAUCCAAAAGAAUCGAUUAAAAAGCGCGUUUUUUUGUGCAAUGUCUAUAGAUUUUUCUUGGCUACUCGAGAGAUUACCAAAAGACGCAAAAAUAGUUGUAGCUAAGCAUUGGAAACCCGAAAAUGGUGAAUCGCAAGGAAUAUUUUGUAUACCUAAUACAAAUAUAUUACUAAUACAUCCUCCAAUGUCAAAUAUGGGACAUGGCUGUUUUCAUGCUAAAUUAAUGGUGUUAGUUUAUGAUGAUCUUCAUAUCUUUGCUAAAGAAUUAAAAUAUUUUUUAUUGGCUAUGGGAUUAAAGUCUCAUAUCAUAGAUAAAUUACCUCAAUAUGAUUUCUCAAGAGCAAAAGCCAUCAUCAUUCCUUCUAUACCUGGAGUUCAUCAAGGUAUAGAAAAUAUAAAAAAGUAUGGUCAUGUAAGAUUAUCUCAGGCUAUAAAGAAUGUUUGUGGGCGACAUGAAUACGUUGAAUUAGAAUGUCAGUCUUUAUCACUUGGACCAAUCACUUCAGAAUAUUUAAAUGAAUUUUAUAGAUCAGCUAAAGGACUUGAUCCUAUUAUAACUCCAUUAUCAUCAUCGAUACCAUUACCACCUAUUACUCUUGUUUAUCCAACAAAUAAAACCGUUCUAAGAUCAAAAUACAUACUGGCGGGAGUUGGUCCUUUAUGUUUAUAUAGAAAUAGAUACGAACAAGAAACUUUUCCAAAAGAAAUUUUAAGGAAUUGUGAAUCGAAUAGAAAUGGAAUAUUAAUGCGUACAAAAUUUAUACUUGCUAGGUUCAUUCAACCAUCACAUCAGCAGCGGCAACAAAUUAAAAUCAAAAAAAGAAAUAGAUAUGAUUAUGGUAGUGAUGAAUCUACAAUUAAUUCUUAUGUAACAGCUCCGGAAUAUCCCGAUAAUGAAAUAUUCAGCACACAUGAAUCCAUCAUGGGAAGUCUUUUAGGAUCAUCACAAGAGACAAUAACUGAUGAUAUACAAAUGGAUGAUAACAUCGUAGGAUGGUAUUAUUGUGGGAGUCAUAACUUUACAGAAUCAGCUUGGGGAAAACUUAUUACGACUAGAGACAUAAAAGAACCUCAAUUAAAAAUUUACAAUUGGGAAUUGGGAAUAUUUCUCCCAAUACCCAAAUUAAAUAGCGAUUAUGAUAAAGAAAACAAUAUAAAAGAACAAGGAGAUUGGUUCGGUGAUCAUGGCGUACCGGUAUCAUAUAAAAGACCGCCAAAACACUAUGAAGAAAAUGAUAUUCCUUGGGGUUACCCAAUUUAA